AUGGAAGUUAUUUGUUACGAUAGCUCUGUUCAAAGUGUGGAAAAUGGAAAUGAUGAACUCUAUAAUUGUAUCCCUUUACUCGUAGUUAAUUUUCAAAAUGCAAAAUGUGCUUCUGUAAAGAUUCGAUGGGGAUUGAAAACAGUCUGCUGGGGGUUAAUCAAUAUAACAGUACCUAGGGUUUAA